GUUCAAAGUGGGCGACGCGGUACGCGUUAGCAGAUACAAGACGAUAUUCGAGAAGGGUUAUACGCCAAAUUGGACCACCGAGGUGUUUAAGAUCGUUACAGUACAACGCACCAAUCCCGUAACGUAUCUACUCGAGGAUUAUCGCGGAGAACUCGUCGCAGGGGCGUUCUGCGAGUACGAGUUGCAUCGCGCCACUAACCCAGAUGUGUAUCUUGUGGAAAAGGUACUGCGCAGGAAGGGUGACAAGGUUUAUGUGAAAUGGUUGGGAUUCGAUGGAUCGCACAAUUCAUGGAUAGACAAGAACAAUGUGGUUUAA